CCUGCAUCCUGUUGGACUUUGUCUUGUUUCCUUCCAAACCCACGAAAGCCAUUCUUUUUGUCAAUCUCGAACCAACGUCGCAACUCUCACAGUCCUUUAUCCAACAACCACAACACUCACUUUGUCUUAACAGAAAGACACACAAACCACAAGCUACAUCGGCAUCAAAACAGUAUCGUUACCAUCAACAAUCACUACUUCCAAAGGAACCUACAUUCACAUUUACCAGCGCCUCGCUGGAAACCACAACGCCAAAAUGACGUUCACUCUCACUACUAGCAUCCUCUCCCUCCUAACCCUCUUCAUCAGCCUCAUCUCAGCCGCUCCAAUGAUGGGCGGUGGCUUCGGUGGUUUUGGGCGCGCCGCCAUCGGCGGUUUUGGGCGCGCUGCCAUCGGCGGUUUCGGGCGCGCUGCCAUCGGUCCCUACGGCUACGGCAUGGGCUUCAACCGCGCCUUCAACAACUUCGCUGCCUACCCCUACGGCUACGGCAUGGGCUUCAACCAAUUCAACGCGUUCCCCUACGGCAUGGGCUUCAACCGCGUGAACAGUGUCGGCGACCCCCCCUGCGACGAAUGCUACGAGAACAGCAUCAAGGACAUCCCCGUCUACGUCAACAACAUGCCGCCUAUGCCCCCGCCCAGCCCAGCUCCCGUCAUCUACAACGAGAUCCCCGCUCCCAUGCCGAGCCCGCCUCCCGUGGUCGUCAACGAUAUAAUGGCUCCUCCUCCUCAGGCUCCUCCUACCAUUAUGAAUAAUCUUGUUCCUAACCCGGAACCUAACCUCCCACCUACUGUUAUGAACAACGUCCCGCCCCCUCCUCCCAAGCCUAUGCCCCCUAUGGUUGUCAACAAUAACGUCGCGGAUUGCGAAUGUGAUGAAUGCGGCUGCGAAGGCGGUAAUGCCGAGUUCGUUCAGCAGGAUGUCGAGUAUGUUGAGCAACCGGCGGUCGCGUAUAUGCCGCUUGGCACUACCAGCAUCGUGGAGGAUGUUAAUAACGACUUUGCUGAGGAUGGUGUAGUCUAUGGUGGGCAGAGUAUUGUUUAUCCUUAGGGAUCGAAGGACACUCGUUUUUUUAAAAAGGAGGAGGCGCCUUGUAGCUGGGACUGCUGGGCAGAACUUGGGCCUUCAAGGUCCAACAAGGGAGAAGAAGGAGAAGAAUUACCUGCUAUCUACAGCAUUUUGAAUGGUCUCGCUUCGUUUGAAGACCAUCCCCCACUGUCAUUUAAACAACUCAAAGAUUUCCUUGUAAUGUCAACUCAUUAUGCCAAACCCUUCUUUCAACAGCCGUGGAGCCGUGGUAGUGACGAGAAGCCGAAUUUUCGGUUUUUGUGGCUUUGUGUGUCGUGUCCCUUGAGUCGUCGUCGACUUUGAGAAACUGUCCCGCAUGCUGUGUGACUACUUCCAGGUGCAGUAUCAAACCUCCCAUGACCCUUGACG